AUGCGAAACAAGUUUCCUGUCUUCCAAAUUGGAUGCAGCGUGCUAGAUCAUUUAACAUCUUUGUCCAACAAGGUUGCCGGGCGUUUACUGGCAGAACAUUUUCGACUGGCCGCAGCGCCUACAAAUGCUACCUUUCUCACUGAUCGAGUUUAUUUUGAUCGUCCUCAUUAUCGAUCCCAGCUGUUCUACCGAGAUAUACGGACAAUGUACGAAUGUGAUAAAAGACCAGAUGUGUUUAUGCUGCAUGUGAUCGAUCGUGACUCUGGAAAACACACCCUUGAAAGUUACAAGUGUUAUGAUCAAGCGCUGUUGGCAGAAAUUCGGGCCCUUCUUCACAGAGCGAUAACAGAUAAACACGGACUCCUGAGGGAGCGCAAUUGGCGGGCAUCGUCAUCCUCUCCGAGACCUGGGAAAACCGUAUCCUUUGAUCCCAGCUUUGUUGAGGUAGGUCCAUCCACUUCCGAUCGGAACUCGGUUGGACUGCCAAAUCAAGUGCGCUGCCGACCCAUGUCGUGCGAUCGUUAUAGUUCAAGAAGGGUUGCUUUUGAACACACAGAUAUGCAUUCCCCGCAUCCACCAGCGUAUUCCACUCAGUCGUCUCCAGGACCAGCGAGGUCGAGUUCCACGUUAAAUUUGACAAACCAUGCAUCUUGGUGUCAAUCACCGCACAUGCAGGGUAAAGGUCCAGUUUCGUGGACCGAAUUAAAAAACCCUUCGAAAUGCCCGCAUAAUGCUCAGGUGGUGCACGAAAACAAGUAUGACCGGUAUGACCUGGAGGACGGAGGUUUAUUUUCGCCACCGCCAAAUUGCUUGGGUUCACGGGAUCACGACUGGGUGUUGUGCAAACGUAAGCUCGUUUCCAGUAAUUCAGGGGAGAAACUUACCUCACGGAUUGUGGAUAACACAGUGGAUUUCAUAGGUGAGAACUGCAUCUCAUUAUGCACUAGGCCGACUUCGUCCGAACAGGUUGCUGCCACUUAUACAAACUCGAAAGCAUGUCAGGUUGAUGUAACUGAGCAACUGGUCCAUCAUACCUUCAACGAGGCCUGCCAGCAAACACCUGAGAUUCCACAACAUACAGUCACCAAGCUAACAAAACCCAUAGUACGAUCGGAGGAUAGCUGGAGUGUGGGAUGUUCAACCACCACAGUUCAUUCGGUGUUGGUUCACCGGCCGACUUUCAUGACAAUUAAAAUUAUACCACACAACCGCGGAAUGCAUCAAAGUGCCGAAAGCGUGGUGCAUCAUCAUGCGUUCGCUGAAGCUGAUGAAGAACAAUUACAAGGGGUGGGUAUACUGAGGGAGGGACCCCGCCGGAAUUCCGAUCGUAGGAUGGUUUACAGAAAUCCUACCUACCUCGAUCAGCACGAAGCGAGAGGACCAAAGGGGUCGGAUACUGAGUCUGGCUACUUGUUUGACGAUCGCUCAAGCCAGCAGAGUGGGGAACCGGAGGAGUUGUUGAAUGAUGAUCAAUUUGUCACAAGUAAACAUGAACUCAUAUUUCGUGUUUAA